GGCGGAGGGCGGGCAGUGGGGAGGAAGAGGAGGAGACCCAGGUGCCGCCGGGGCUGAGGCAGCCGCGUCCCGCCGAGGCUCCGCUCGCGUUCUGUCCUUCCCCCACCCUCCCCACCCGCCCCCGGCCGCUGCGGCGCGGGCAGGCGAGCGCGGCUCUCCCGAGGCCGCGAUGCGCUCGGCCUGAGCGCUCCCUCGCCGCCCCGCCCGGUUUGGCUCUCUGCGGGGCAGGGGACCGCGAUGGCUGCGGGGAGCUGGCAGGAGUCGGCGGCCCAGCAGGCCGAGGAGGCGGCGGCCCGGGUGCGGGACGUCCUGUCGGGCGGCCUGGGCCUGCUGCGCGCCGAGCUGGGCCUCGAGCUGGGCCUCGACCCGCAGGGCCUGCCCACCUGGCUCGCCCUGGUGGUCCCGGCCGCGCUGGGGCUGGGGCUGCUGGGGCUGCUGCUGGCCGUGGCCUGCGGAGGCGGCCUCCGUAAGAAGCCAGCUCGGGGCGCGGCGGAGAGGAAGGGUGACGAGGCGGCCGUUGCGGGCCUGACAGCCGGCGGGGGCCAGGGCAAGGCGGCGGGCCCGGGCCCCGGGCAGCUGCACCUGAAGGGCGACGAGCAGAAAAAGCGAAACAAGAAGAAGCUGCCGGAGAAAACGGCGCGGCCCAAUGGACGGUCUUUCCUUGAUGUAUCUGAGGAUGAAGUAAUACAAACUGUUCGUAAAGAAAAUGUAAAGCAGCCUGUGGACACAGAAAAGAAGAAUGAAAAGUCAAAGAAAAAAAAGAAAUCCAAGGGAGAUGCUAAAACGGUUCAGGAUAUGUCACGUCAAGAUGGAAAGGAAGUUGAUGAAGGAGCCUGGGAAACGAAAAUCAGUAACAGGGAGAAGCGACAGCAGCGUAAGCGAGACAAGGUGCUGACCGACAGUGGCUCAGGAGAAUCAAAUCUCCAAGGGGUGGAAAAUACAGUUUCUGUAUCCAUUGAACAACUGAUGCCUACGCCAUCGCUUCCAGUUGGCCUCAGAAAAAAUAAAGGUGAUGUACUUCUGAAUGCACAGGUUAGCAGCUCUAAACCUGCAAAAGGGGAGUCAUCAAUUCCACAAGUUUCUCCAGGAUUGAGUGAAAGCCAUACAGUAAAUGGAGGAAGCUGGAACGAGAAGUCUGUAAAAAUCUCCUCACAGAUUGGUGUAGGGGAGGAGAAAUGGACAUCUGUUCCUUCAACUGCAGCUGGGAAGAGGAAGACUGAGACAUUGGCUUGGGGCCAGGAUGCUGGAGAUGCUAAUGGAAAUGGAAAGGACUGGGGUGUAACCCUGGUGGGCAGGCCCUGGAAAGAGCGUUCUUUGUUCACGCCUAUUGCUGCUUGGAAUGUGGAUGCAAGGAUUAAUACCUCUGAACAGAAUUCUACUACUUUCUCUUCAUUUGGAUUAACUCCUGGAGUUUCUGGAUCCAACAGUGAAUCAGUCUCUCAGGCUGGUGCUUCGGAUUUUCAGUGGGAUUUAAGUCAUGCUCAACCCCCUGUUGAUGACGAAUGGUCUGGGUUAAACGGACUUUCUUCAGCUGAUCCCAGCUCUGAUUGGAAUGCACCAGCAGAAGAGUGGGGAAACUGGGUAGAUGAAGAAAAAGUUGCUUCUGUUCCUCAGCCUGAAGAGAUACCUGAUGUUCAGAAGACUUCAGAUAAUGAAAGAGAAAAAGCAGAACCAAUACUUCAGAGUUCUACAAGUGGCAAGUCCAAGAAAAAGAAGAAGAAAAAGAAGAAGCAGGGUGAGGAAGCUAACUCUCCUGCACAGGACACUGAAGAACUGGAUAGAGAAGCUGGAGAGGAGUUUCGGGAGGAUACCUCAAAAGUUCAGCCACAGCAGGAAAUAGCUUUUUCUCUGAAGACCAUGAGUACUAGUGAACCAGCUAAGCCUGAGGAGGCUCCUUCACUUGCUGUUUCUACUGAGCCAUCUGUAAUUGUAUCACAGAGCGAUUCUGACAAGAUGGCUUCCCAAGUGCCACAGAUGCUGCAAGAGACAGAUGUUUCUAGUCCCAAUAUUAAGCAAAACAGUGUGCCUCCUCCACAGACAAAGUCUGAAGAAAGCUGGGAAUCCCCCAAACAAGUUAAAAAGAAGAAAAAAGCAAGAAGGGAAACGUGAACUUCCUGAAAUGGACAUGUGUUGCUGAAUAUUGUCAUGAAGAUUAUGCUGUUUAUGCAAUAAUUUGUGAACAUGUACAGAAUUUUAUAUAAGUUUCAAACAAUUUUUAAAAACAGAACUGCUGUGAACACAAACAUCUUUAAAAAGGAAUCAGAGGAAAGUAACUUUAUGAUAUAGCAAACAGAACAUGCUACAUUUGAAAGACAUUCUGAAGAGUCUGUUUUUCCAACUUUUGGAGAGAAAUCUUAAUUAAAAACUGGUUUUACAACACAGUGCCCUGUUUACAACAGAUUAUACUCAUCUACAGCUGCGGAUAAAAGAUUAAUUUCAAGGAAGGGUUUUCUGUAAAAAUAAUUGUCUGUACAAUAGUGGGUGUUUCUUGCGUCUCUUAAGAGUGAUGCAUUAGAAGCACAGAAUGUCAACCAUUUGAAUUUGUUUCAUGCCUAAAUUAAAGUGCUUUGAUUAAAUACAUAAUCUGCCAUAUCUUUACAGUAAGUUGGUUAGCAAGUCUGCUGGCUAUUACAGGAAUCACAAGUGCAAAUCAUUAACCAUUUGUACAGUCAGACCUUCAUGGUUUAUUAUAUGAAGUUAACACAAUAAACUGCUUUGGGUUAAAAGUUUGAGAAUGUGAUUUGAAACUUGAGUAUGGUUCAUGAAGUUAUUUUUGAUAAUGUCUAUUACCUUACUUGAAUUAUUGAAGAUAACAGUAUAUUUUUAAGAAUGCAGUAAUGUGCAUAAAAUUGAUUUUCUCCUUCAUUCCCUACUGUUCUUGGUUGAUUCCAACUCUCAUCUAAAACUGUAUUCUUUCAACUUUUAAAUUCAUGGAAUGAAUUGAAAUCACAUAUUCCCUUCCCUUAUUUUUUUAACUUACCAUACCCAGUUCUGUUCUGUUCUCUAUUACUAAAACUCUGAAGAAAGCAAAGUCGAGGGGAGUUUCCCUCAAAAAUUAUUUGGGAUUUCAAAGAUCUGUUGGAGAGCUGGAGUGGCUUCAGACAGCUUUAAUUGACAUUGUCAAGACCAGUUAUCAGGAACACAUUUUUUUACUGCCUUAACCUGUAGUAUGUAGAAUGUGUCUAGACUUCUGGACAGGAGUUAGUGUUUUUAUAUUAAAAAAAAAAAUUCAUGCAAGUAUAGCAGUUGUAAAAUAAAGACCAUUUCCCGCUUGAAACUGUUAAUUAAAAUGGUGUUUAAGAUGUGUUGUCAUUUUCAGGCACUGUGUAAUUACAUGGUAUCAAACUGGCAGAUGUGUUUGUGACUGUAAGGUGCAUGCUCAGCCAUGUACACUGUAAAUAGUCUUUACAAAAAUUUGAUAAGGAUGGUAAUUAACAUCACCUGGUAAAUUCAGUUAAAGAGCCAAGAUUUUUUUUAAAUGAUUGACUUCUGGUUUUGUGGCACAAACAGAAUUGUUAACAGCUGUAACACAUAGUACUGAUCAACGAUCUUGUACUCUUAACUGUACUUGACUGUUCAACAGUAUUUCAAGGCGAGAAUAAUUAAUGCAGCAAGCUGCUUUUAAUUGUACUGAAAAUACGCCUUGCUAACAGAGAGCUUUGCUAAUAAAUGGAUACUAACUUGCACAGGUAUUAACCCCUGUAUAUCAGGAACAUAUGACACUCUAAAAUUUAUUUGUUAAAAAUAAAUCGAGCAUGUUGAUGAUAUUGAUUUAUUUACCGGGAAGGAGUAAUGCCUGAGACUGAUACCUGUCAAGAUUGCUGUCAAAUAAAUUUAGAACUGAAGUACAGCUUUUCAAGGAGUACCUUAAGGCAGACACUAAAAUAGUGUAUUACAAAGUUAUGCCGAGUCCUUUGCGUGUAAGUAACGUUAUAACUUUACUUCAUAAAGGUUAAAAAAAAUACUCUUUGAAUUCAGGUUUGUAACUUAUGUCUGAAAUGUCUGUUUCCAAUCUGUAUGUUGUGCUACGAGAGACUUCUGUAGAAAACAUGAAGACUUUAUGUAAUGAGAGGUACUACCCAAGGGCUUUCACUGCAUAAAUUCUUUCUUUUUUCUUUUUUCUUUUUUUCCCCUCUGGAAGAUAAAAUUGAUAUUUCUGGGUUAGUAAGCUCUAGCUCUUUAAUAGCUUGUCAUUUUGGAAAAAAGAAACAAACUAGCUAACAACAUAGGAACCCUGCUAUAUUAACUGCUACUACUAAGCAGGAUCAUAUAAAUACAUAGCUUUCCUUUCAAAAUGUUGUUACCUAUUUAGCAGCACCUCUUACUGUUUUCUUAAUGUGCAGUUUCAACGUCUUAGAAAGUGAAACUUGCUUUAUUUGACAUUCAUUAAAGAGGUAGUAACUGUAUAGCAUAUUGUCUAUAAAUAGAAACUUGGUUAUCUAUGUACUGUCAUGUUUCUAUGACUCAAGCAGUGGUUAGUCUUAAUGAUACACUGAAUCCGGUCUCUGGUACUUGGAUAGAAAGACAAAACACCAUUUAAAGAAACUUAAUCAUUUUUUUCUUUUUUCUUCUUUCUUUUUCUUUUUUUUUUGGUGUUGAAUGCAUGGAAUGGCUUCAUGAAUCCAAUAUGUUGGGUUUUUCUAAAUACUCUGGAAUUAUUUGUAUGCGUAAUUUAAACUUGUUGUGAUGAUGUGUAAUUGGAUAGUCAUGGCAUAUUUUUAUUUCUUGUGGGGAGGGAAAGGUGUACAGAAUUCAUAUGUGCUUGUUACGAAGGUAACAACUGUGCAUUGGUUUGGAGGGGGGUGAAAACUGUAUUUCUGAUGCCCUUUUAGAAGUCUAAAGAAAAAAAGUGCAAGAAAAGCACUACUUUAAUAUUUACUAAGAAAGAAUGUACAUAUUAAAAACAUUUCAAACUUUAUAGAAA